AUGAAAUGCUAUGAUGAUGACCAUGAUGGUGGCCAUGAUGAUGUCCAUGAUAAUGUCCGUGGCCAUGGUGAUGUCCAUGAUGGUGACCAUGCUUGUGGUGAUGUCCGUGGUGGUGACCGUGAUGAUGUCCAUGGUGGUGCCCGUGCUUGUGGUGAUGUCCAUGAUGGUGUCCGUGGUGGUGACCAUGAUGGUGAGAGUGAUGAUGUCCAUGAUGGUGUCCAUGGUGAUGUCCGUGUUUGUGAUGGUGGUCAUGCCCAUGGCUGUGAUGGUGCCCAUGAUGAUGUCCAUGGCUGUGGUGGUGACCAUGAUGAUGUCCGUGUUUGUGGAGGUGGUCAUGUCCAUGCUUAUGGUGAUGAUCAUGUCCGUGUUUGUGGAGAUGGUGAUGGCCGUGAUGAUGGUGAUGUCCAUGCUUGUGGUGGUGGUCAUGUCCGUGCUUAUGAUGAUGGUCGUGGCCAUGCUUGUGAAGGUGGUGAUGUCCAUGAUGAUGUGAAUGGUGGUGUCCGUGAUGGUGUCCAUGUUUGUGGUGGUGAUCAUGGCCAUGUUUGUGGAGGUGGUGGUGUCCAUGAUGAUGUCCAUGUUCAUGCUUAUGGAGGUGAUCGUGUCCAUGUUUGUGAUGAUGGUCGUGUCCGUGCUUGUGGAGGUGAUGGUGUCCAUGCUUAUGGUGGUGAUCAUGUCCAUGCUUGUGGUGAUGAUCAUGUCCGUGCUUGUGAUGAUGAUCAUGUCCAUGCUUGUGGUCGUGGUUAUGAUGAUGCUUAUGAUCAUGCCCAUGGUGGUGAUCAUGCUUAUGAUCGUGUCCAUGUUUAUGAUCGUGUUUAUGUUCGUGACCAUGUUUGUGAUGGUGAUGGUGGUGGUGGUGAUGAUGAUGCUCGGUUCAGGUUCUGGAAUCGGAUCAGCAGCAGCGAAGCAAACCACCAUCAUCAGCAUGAUGAGGCAGGCCUUCAUGCUUACCUUCAUCUAAAAAUAAGCAACCAUCAAAAUCAUGAAGACCCUUCUGAAGAAUGUCAGCCCUUCUGUGAUGAUGGCCGUGAUGACCGUGAUGGUGGCCAUGAUGAUGGCCAUGAUGAUGACCAUGAUGAUGGCCAUGGUGGUGACCAUGAUGAUGUCCGUGAUGGUGACCAUGAUGAUGACCAUGGUGAUGACCGUGAUGAUGGCCAUGGUGGUGACCAUGAUGAUGUCCGUGGUGGUGUCCAUGAUGAUGUCCAUGGUGGUGACCAUGAUGAUGUCCAUGGUGGUGUCCAUGAUGAUGUCCAUGGUGGUGUCCAUGAUGGUGUCCGUGAUGGUGAUGAUGACCAUGAUGGUGUCCAUGUUUGUGUUCAUGUCCAUGGUGAUGGUGAUGUCCGUGGUGGUGAUGAUGUCCAUGAUGAUGUCCGUGAUGAUGCCCGUGAUGAUGAGCAUGGUGGUGUCCAUGUUUGUGUUCAUGUCCAUGGUGAUGGUGAUGUCCGUGGUGGUGUCCAUGAUGAUGUCCGUGGUGGUGAUGAUGUCCAUGAUGAUGCCCAUGGUGGUGUCCGUGAUGGUGAGCAUGGUGGUGUCCAUGAUGAUGAUCAUGCCCGUGUUUGUGAUCAUGUCCAUGAUGAUGAUGAUGCCCAUGGUGAUGACCAUGGUGGUGAUGAUGGCCAUGAUGAUGGUCAUGCCCGUGUUUGUGAUCAUGUCCAUGAUGAUGAUGAUGCCCAUGAUGAUGGCCAUGGUGGUGACCAUGAUGGUGAGCAUGAUGAUGACCGUGUUCGUGACCAUGUUUGUGAUCAUGCCCAUGAUGGUGAUGAUGACCAUGCUUGUGAUGGUGAUCAUGGCCAUGUUUAUGGUGAUGUCCGUGCUUGUGGUGGUGGUCAUGGCCAUGCUUGUGAUGAUGAUGAUGGUGGUGGUGAUGGUGAUGUUCACUCUUAUCUUUCACAACAAUAA